AUGUGUGUGGAAGCAGGAAGACCAUUGAUUUUGACAGAUUUGGAAAUUAUUUACGGAAGUCUUUACGAUUUGUGGAAUCAAAACUACAUUGUUGUUGGUAGCGCCGAUGAUCCAAAAUAUUAUACUAGAGUAGCACUUGGUGCUUAUGCAAAUCCUAUGCUCUAUGUGGCGAAGACCUUUAGAUGUAUAUUGGUACUUGACGAGAAAAAAUUGAGACAUGCAGAUCCACCACUUUUAAAUCGAUUUGAAAAGCAAAAGAUGACUAUCAACGACACACUUACUAAGCAUGAGGAUGAGUUGGUUCAGCAAUUAUCUAAUUGGGCCAAACAAAUGGUAACGAUAUUUGGAAAAAACACAUUCGAUCCCAAAACCAAAUUUUCUCAAAAGGAUCUUUUCAUCGGAUUCGAUCCAGAUGAAACCUUACAAAGUUUGGUCAUUGAUGUUAAAAAAAGUAAUCCUUAUAGCAGCGAUGACGCAAUUCUCGAACAAUGUAAAGAAAAUUUAAUCGCCAUUGCAUCUUCUGAUGGCAUAAUCCGAGCAGAAAAAUCUAUAUUGGAUCCAGAAGAAGUUGCUUAUUGGAAGAAUGUUUACUUUAAAAAACAGCAUCAUGAUCAUCUUGCUGACCAAAUCCAAGCAUUACUUGACAAUACAGAUGAAUUCUUAGUAAUUAUAAACACAUUCUCUAAUAUUAAUACAGAUGUCAAGGCAUGUUUACAGGAGACAAUUGAUUGUCAAGUGGAUAAGCUUUCGACCUUCAAAACCGAAUCUCAACUUCAAAAUAGG